UAGUCUACCUGAUUUGUUUCCCAUUCCCGGAAAAUAAUUAUAAUCCUGGGAAACAAAUAGAAAAGGAUGGGUUUUUCUUGGUUUCUGAAACUGGUAUUGGUUCUUGGUAUUUUGAGUUGUUGUGUUAAUGGUCUCGGUGUGAACUGGGGAACUCAGGCUACCCACCCACUGUCGCCAAAGACAGUGGUACAGCUGUUGAAAGACAAUGGAAUUACAAAAGUGAAGCUUUUUGAUGCAGAUAAAAACACCAUGAGUGCUCUUGCUGGUUCUAAUAUUGAAGUUAUGGUGGCCAUUCCUAAUAAUCAACUUCUGGUUAUGACUAAUUAUGAUAAAGCCAAAGAGUGGGUGAGGAGGAAUGUCACAGCGUACAAUUUCAAAGGUGGUGUUAAUGUCAAAUACGUUGCGGUUGGGAAUGAGCCUUUCCUCACAUCCUACAAUAAUUCAUUCCUAAAUUCCACUUUCCCAGCGCUUCAGAACAUUCAAAAUGCCCUCAAUGAAGCUGGAGUUGGAGAUUCCGUAAAAGCUACUGUGCCCUUAAAUGCCGAUGUCUAUGAAUCACCAGAAAACAAUCCUUACCCAUCUUUUGGAAGAUUCCGUACUGAUAUCAAUACAGAAAUGACCCAGAUUGUUGAGUUUCUAAAUAAGAACAAAGCUCCUUUCACUGUAAACAUCUAUCCUUUCCUAAGUCUCUACGGUAAUGACGAUUUCCCUGUAAAUUAUGCUUUCUUUGACGGGGGUACUCCAAUUGUUGAUAGUGGAACUGGAAUCCAGUACACCAAUGUCUUUGACGCCAACUUUGAUACUUUGGUUUCGGCUUUAAAAGCUGCUGGAUAUGGAGACAUGACCAUUUUGGUAGGAGAGGUUGGUUGGCCAACAGAUGGGGACAAGAAUGCGAACAAUGGUUUAGCUGUUAGAUUCUAUAAUGGGCUUUUACCUAGACUUGCAGCCAAUAAAGGCACCCCUCUUCGGCCUGGAUACAUUGAAGUUUACUUGUUUGCUUUACUUGAUGAGGAUGGGAAGAGCAUUGCUCCUGGUAAUUUCGAGCGUCAUUGGGGAAUCUUUAGGUACGAUGGACAGCCUAAAUUCCCCAUGGAUUUGUCCGGUCAGAAUCAAAACAAACUCCUUGUUGGUGCAACGGGCGUGAAAUAUCUUGCUAACAAAUGGUGUAUGUUUAAUCCGAAUGCCAAGGAUGUGAGCAAACUUGCAGCUACCAUAGAUUUUGCGUGCAGUAAUUCUGACUGCACGACCCUUGGAUAUGGUUCUUCUUGUAACAAUUUGGAUGCGAAUGGGAAUGCUUCGUAUGCAUUUAACAUGUACUUCCAAAUUAAAGAUCAGGAUGAGUUGGCCUGUGGUUUUCAAGGUUUGGGCACAACUACUACACAGAAUCUUUCAACAGAGCAAUGCAGUUUUCCCAUUCAGUUAGCUUCAUCUUCUUCUUUUUUCAGCCCCUCACUUGUGGGUUUGGCAUUGAUGAUGAUGGUGUCAACAUUUAUGUUGCAAUAG